UUUCACUUUACAAUGUGACUUUGAUUACUUUCUCUUGUAUUUUUCCUCGGUGGUAUUUUCUCAGGUUGUUACUGCAGGUGGAGUGGAAGGGAACAGCCAAUAAAUGUCACAGUAUAGUGUGGGAAACACCUCCCUCUGCUCUCGGAUGGGUUGGACAGAGUAGCAGCAGUCUGAACACCCUUCAACUUCUCAAACACUCCACAAAGUGCUCGUCGUCCUGCCAUGCUGGGACUGUAAGGCUUUUUUAUCGGAUUGCUGCUGCUGGUCUGUUGUUUCCUUCGUGCUCCUGAGUCAUGGCUCCGUUUGGAAAAAACUUCCUGAAAGCUCGACAGAAAAACAGGACAAAAGAUGCCGAGCCUGUGGAAGGAAAGGAGAUCCAGGUUACGGUCUGUAACGAGGACAAGGUUGUCUGUGGAGUAACGAAGCACACAACGUGUGUAGAUAUGAUUCAUGCGUUACUGGAAGAUCACAAGUCAGUCCCGGAGAGCAAGCGGCUGCUGCACGGGGAGCCCAAAGACUUCUGUCUCGUUGAGCGGUGGAAGGGGUUUGAGAGAGCGUUGCCUCCUCUCACCAGAAUCCUGAGACUCUGGCAUGCCUGGGGGGACCAGAGACCCUUCAUCCAGUUUACUCUGGUCAAAACCAGCGAUUUUGUGCCUCAGAACUUCCAGAGAGGUGGAAAGUCCAAGGGGGCCAAGCCAAAGCGAUGGGAGCACGGUCAGCCCCUGCCGGUGGAGAGGCAAAAGCGAAUGGUGAAGAAAGCCUUCCGGAAGCUGGAAAAGCUUCACAAGGAGAGCAAGAGCACCCUGGGCGUUGACGAGGUCGACCGGAUGGUACUGCUUAUACUAAACCAGGACCAAACCAUCCGGGAGCAGAUCCAGCGCAUGAGGGAGGUGGAUUUAGACAUCGAGCAGUUUGAGCUGCAAGUGCAGAAGGAAGCCGAGUCUGAGAGUUCCUUGGCUCAGGCUUGCGGUCAGGGUUUGGAGGCGCACAGCGGCGAGCAGCUGCAGGAGUACCUGUACACCAGCGAUGGAGUCGAACAGCUUGAGCUGCAGGUUCAGAAUCACCUGGAACUCAUCCUCCAGCUGUCCCGGGACAUAGACGCUGAGCUGAGGAGGGCCAACUUCCCUCAGAGCCAGUAUGAGGACGGUGAACAGGAAGGAGCCGCGGCUGCUUCCUGGAUCCCCUCGGAGACAGACGAAUCGUUCUACGCCGCUGAACUCAAGAGGCUGCAGGAUGAAGUGAAACACAGCCUCUUCACCGGCAUGUCCCUCCACAACCAAACUGCGGAAAUAGACAAGCAGCUGAAGUGCUAUGACGCUACGCUGGUCUCCAAGGAUCAGGAGUGCUGGCAGCUGGCUGCCCAGCUGAGCUCAUUGCAAAUAGGGGACGGAGGAGAAGAGGAGAAGUCCGGCGUUGUCCCUCUGAAAAGUGAGACUCAGUGCAGCGUCUCACAGACGGUGAAACUCAAACACAGCCUGUCCCCUCUAGAUGUUACAGACACAGACUCAGACACUGGGAUUAGUUCCACACACAGUCAGGACUCACUGUCACCGUGUCUCGACUUCCCUCCCCCGCUGGACACAGACGUUUGAACAAACCUAGUUGACCCUGCAAUUUAUCGUCCUGUGUGCACUAUAGCCCCAGUUUGUGCCUGUCAUGUGUUGUCAUUACAUAGCUAAAAGUGGAAAAUGAAAUCCCUGCCGAUCUUUUAACUGGAGUUGAAGCAAUUAGUUUAUUGACAGAAAAUAAUCAGCAAUUAUCAUGAUGAUAAAUAACUUAUUUCAGUCAUUUUUUUUAAGCAAACAUGCCAUCAUUUGGUUUCAGCUUAUCAAAUGUGAGGUUUUGCUGCUUUUCUUUGUCAUUAACGAUAGUAAAUAUAUUUUGGUUUUAGACAAAAAUGGGCAUAUUUUCUGAAAUUUAAUAGAAAAAAAGGUUAAUCCAUUAGAAAAUAAUCAAUAAUCAAUCAAUAAUGACAGUAAUUGGUUUCGCAGUUUUUAAGGUAUUUCCUCAAACAAAAACAGAGAUGGUAGCUGGAAGUGAAUUGUACGAAAUUUAAAAAAUAUAUAUAUAUAUAUAUUAUCAGGUGAUUAUCAGGUAGCCACAAUGUUAUUUCCAUUAUUUUUCUUUUUUCAUAUAUUUUUCUUUUGUUGUAAAAACAGGUUUAAAAUCAUUUUUGUUCAGUGAACAAGAUUUGUUUUAUCCAGAUGGGCCGAAGAACAUUGUAGGAUUCUGGAAAAUCCCUUCAAAAGCAGCUGCACGCUUUGUUAAAUAACUUCCUGGCUAUCUGAACGGCUAACGGAUGCUCAGGUCUGUGACUCAAAUGUAACGAGAAUAGAUUCAAGGUUAUUUAUUUGUCAGUUGUCAAUUCCUGCAAGCAGUCAUUGGCAAUGAAAAUCUUUGUUCUCAGAUUCCUUUAACAAUUCCUAAAAUAUGUAUAAGGGGAAAUCACACUAGUGAAUGUAAAAGCAAAAUGAUAAUCUAAGGCAUAAAAUAGUGCAGUUAAAAUAUAUUAAUUUUAACAGAAUACAUGCAAGGCACAAAACUGGAGCUAAGUUUGCACCAACUACAGUCCAUCUCUGUGUAGGACGACUUUUAAGAGUACAUUUUUGCACCUAAAGAAGCAAAGACUUUCCUCAGCACAACCACGUCUAAGGUGCACCAGGCUUAAUUACUUUUUUUUGUUUAAUUUCUUAAUAAUGGCGAAUGUAUGCUUCCUUCCCUUCUUUAAGUUGUCAAACUAUUUAUGAAGCUGCACCUCUUUGUACACAUAUAUAAGUCUAUUAACAAUGUUUUAUAUUAAAACACAUAGGUAAUUGUUUUGGAUGUAGAAUUUAAGAUUUGUUAAAAAUUUAACAUUCCUCUUGGCUACACUGUAAAUAUACUACUGUAACACUGUAAAUGAUUGUUUCUUAUGACACAGGCACACUUUGUAAUUUGAUAAAAUAACAGAAAAUAUUUAUUUAACAUGUAAUUGUAUUUUUACAGAUGAGAUUUUAUUAUGACUGUUUCCCCUUCUGAGGCAAUAAUCUCCAUCUGCAUCAUAUUCAGGGCCAAAGCAACACAAAUAUCUGGAUUAUAUCUGUGUAAAUCAUGACUAAAAAAAUAAAUGAUAAAGUCAAAAUGUACAUUUCAACUUUCAUAAUAAACACUAAUACUGUAAAUGUCACAAAGAGUUGUUGGUGCGAGGCUUUGAUGAUUUCAUGUUGAAUGCGGUCUAGCAACAGUGCUGCUGUACUGGAAGGUGUUAAUGGCAAAAAAAACACAAAGAGAAAAACAAGUCGAGGUGCCAAAUUUAAUAGAUUCCUCAA